UUACAUUGCAUUGCUUGGUCUCUCUAGUGCAGCUGCCUCGGAUUCAGCAGCUGGAGCUCCACAACAGACGAAAGGGAUCAAAAAUGUCCCCCCAGACGCCCCCGAAAUGUUGCUGUUUCAACAUUAAGACUGGAACAGUCACUCUUGGCAUCUACCACGUGGUCAUGAGCAUACUGCUCUUGAUUGAGUACUCGAUGGAGGUGGCUACUGGGAAAGGCUACUGCAAAGUCCUGGACAAGGAUUACUACAUAAUUGCGGACAUCACCACCAGCUUCCUGUUGAUCUUCAUGCUGUUUAUCGUCAGCUUCUACCUUCUUUAUGGAGUGGUGAAGAAUAGGGAACGCCUCUUGAUUCCAUUCCUGGCUUUGCAAAUCAUGGAUUUUCUCCUCACCCUCUUCACAAUCUUCAGUUCCUACAUUCAAGUCCCUGAAAUGCUGUCAUUUGCAUCCAUUAGCCAUGUGAAAGCACACACGAAGUUUCCCUUCCUGGCCGUGCAGUUACUGGAUUUCUGUCUGAAUGUCUUAACACUUUGUAGUUCCUACAUGGAGGUCCCAGGCUAUCUCAGCUUCCACUCAGCGAACCAAGAGAGCUUCCUGCCAAGCCAGGAGAAGUUGUCUUCCGAGGAGUAUGCCAAAGUGAUGAUCACCUUCACCAUCACAUUCAUCGCUGUCCUCCUCCUAAAGGCCUGCAUGUUCAAAUGCGUCUUGAGAUGCUACAAGUACAUUAAAGGCAGCAAGAGAGAGGAGGUGAAAGUCAUGCCAGAGUUUUCUGAGAAGGUCAUGCUGCCGUCAUACGAGGAAGCCGUAGAACUGUCCUCCAAGGAGUCACCACCGCCCUACUCAGGAGUUUAAGCCCCAGCCACUGAGAUGGGAAGACGUCUCUGCUGCUAUGAAUGCCUUUUAGCUCUUGUGCCUCAACUGGCAGAUACUCAGCCUCACUGAAUAAUGCCUCUGUUACUGUGAUAGCGUGCUUAUAUUGCACCAGACUCACUCUGGUUCAACGGACUUGGAGCUCAUAAGAACCUCAGUUUCUGCUGUGAAAAUAGAAGUGUCAGAUCUGAUUGUCCUCUAAUGCUGGUUUCAUCCCAGCACAGCUCGGUUUGCUUCCAAGGAGCUACUCCCGAUUUACACCUCUCUAGCUGAGAAAAGAAUUGGACCUGCAGAGUAGGAAAUAGAACCGAAAAAAGCUUUUUGCUGAGAGAGCCCAAUUCUGAAAUUUAGCAGCUUUUAAUGAAGUCCUAUGGGAAAAGGAUCAGCAAAAGGCAGGUGAUUCUGAGUGAACCGCAGUGCAGUGCUCAGCCUGCCAGCCUAUGCUACUGAGUUAGAGUGUGUGAUCUGGCUGUUGGAAGCGCUGGGAUCGUUACAAUAUUGCUCUGCCAUUUUACACCUCCAAGUCUUUGUGGUUUUGCUUUUCUUGUGUGAUUUGAAAAAUGAGUUUAAAUAAAAAGCUAAUGGCUUCAA